AUGACCAGAGGGUUCAGUGUCCAUGGUCCGUCUGAUCCUUUCACUGUCCAGAUGGGAGGCUCAGUGAUGCUGCCGUGCUUUGUAGACACUCCUCUACCAAUGGAAGGACUGGAAGUAGAGUCGAAAAGAAAUGACUAUGAAACUCUAGUGCACUUGUGGCAGGAUGGAGAGAGUCAACCAGAGUCUCAGAACCAGCGUUAUCAGGAAAGAGCUCAUUUCUUCACUGAGGAGAUCAUUCAUGGAAACUUCUCUCUCUUCCUUACAAGUUUGACCCGGGAAGAUGUAGGAGUUUAUAAGUGUGUUGUUUACACAAACAUGGACUCCAGUGAAAUUCUGAUUGAAAUCAAGGAGAUUGAAACAAUUCUCAUUUCAGAUACAACCCACGUUAUAUCUGCGUAUGUGGGUGAAGAUAUCACUCUGAAUUGCUCUGUAGACUCACAUAUCCCACUAGAAAAUAUAGAAGAAGUGUCAUGGAAGAAAAUGGAUGAAGAUAUCUUAGUGCUGCUCUAUCAAGAGGGUGAGGUCCUGAUAGAUUCGUCCCAUGAGAGAUACAAAGACAGAGUAGAAUUUGCUGAAAAAAGAAACAAAGGAAACUUCUCAUUGAGACUGAAGGAUGUCCGAACUGAGGACAAAGGGCGGUAUAUGUGUUUAGCAUUCUCUGGGGAAUUGUCAGAUAACACAACAGUGGAAGUGGGCAAAGUCUUCUCUUCCAUUAAGGUAUAUCUCGCUGCCAUUUCAGCUUGUCAUGUAGGUUUUGGGAAUGCAACAGUGGCCUGUCAGAGAUUGGUAGCAGACGGAUCACGCAUGUGA